UCAGACAUGAGUGGCCCUCUAGAAGGGGCUGAUGGGGGAGGGGACCCCGGGCCGGGGGAAACCUUUUGCCCGGGAGGAGCCCCAUCCCCUGGGCCUCCGCAGCGCCGGUCUUGCCCUGGCCCCAGCCUGGCUGAUGACACAGAUGCCAACAGCAAUGGGUCCAGCGGCAAUGAAUCUAAUGGGCCCGAGUCCCGCGGCGCAUCUCAGAGGAGCUCACACAGCUCUUCCUCCGGCAAUGGCAAGGACUCAGCCCUGCUGGAGACCACUGAGAGCAGCAAGAGCACGAACUCUCAGAGUCCGUCCCCACCCAGCAGUUCCAUUGCCUACAGCCUCCUGAGUGCCAGCUCCGAACAGGACAACCCGUCUACCAGUGGCUGCAGCAGCGAACAGUCAGCCCGGGCGAGGACCCAGAAGGAGCUCAUGACGGCUCUGCGGGAGCUCAAGCUUCGGCUGCCGCCCGAGCGCCGGGGCAAGGGCCGCUCUGGGACCCUGGCCACGCUCCAGUACGCUCUGGCCUGUGUCAAGCAGGUGCAGGCUAACCAGGAGUACUACCAGCAGUGGAGCCUGGAGGAGGGCGAGCCUUGUGCCAUGGACAUGUCCACCUACACCCUGGAGGAGCUGGAGCACAUCACGUCCGAGUAUACGCUGCGCAACCAGGAUACCUUCUCCGUGGCUGUCUCCUUCCUGACAGGCCGCAUCGUCUACAUUUCGGAGCAGGCGGGUGUCCUCCUCCGCUGCAAACGGGAUGUGUUCCGGGGGGCCCGCUUCUCAGAGCUCCUGGCUCCCCAGGAUGUGGGCGUCUUCUAUGGUUCCACUGCCCCGUCUCGCCUGCCCACCUGGGGUGCUGGGACCUCAGCAGGUUCAGGCCUCAAGGACUUCACCCAGGAGAAGUCUGUUUUCUGCCGUAUCAGAGGAGGUCCUGACCGGGAUUCAGGGCCUCGGUACCAGCCAUUCCGCCUCAUGCCAUACGUGACCAAGAUCCGGGUCUCAGAUGGGGCCCCGGCACAGCCAUGCUGCCUGCUCAUCGCAGAGCGCAUCCACUCGGGUUACGAAGCUCCCCGGAUUCCCCCCGACAAGAGGAUCUUCACCACUCGGCACACACCCAGCUGCCUCUUCCAGGAUGUGGACGAAAGGGCCGCCCCGCUGCUGGGCUACCUCCCCCAGGACCUCCUGGGGGCCCCAGUGCUCCUGUUCCUGCAUCCUGAGGACCGACCCCUCAUGCUGGCCAUCCACAAGAAGAUCCUGCAGCUGGCAGGCCAGCCCUUUGACCACUCCCCUAUCCGCUUCUGUGCCCGGAAUGGCGAGUAUGUCACCAUGGACACCAGCUGGGCCGGCUUCGUGCAUCCUUGGAGCCGCAAGGUGGCCUUUGUCUUGGGCCGCCACAAAGUCCGCACGGCACCCCUGAACGAGGAUGUGUUCACCCCACCGGCCCCCAGCCCAGCUCUGUCUCUGGACUCGGACAUCCAGGAACUCUCGGAGCAGAUCCACCGGCUGCUGUUACAGCCCGUGCACAGCCCCAGUCCCACGGGGCUCUGUGGAGUGGGCGCCGUCACUUCCCCGGGCCCUCUCCUCAGCCCUGGCUCCUCCAGUGACAGCAACGGGGGUGAUGCCGAGGGGCCUGGGCCUCCUGCGCCGGUGACGUUCCAGCAGAUCUGUAAGGACGUGCAUCUGGUGAAGCAUCAGGGGCAGCAGGUUUUCAUUGAGUCCCGUGCCCGGCCUCCACCCCGGCCCCGCCUCCCUGCUACAGGCACAUUCAAGGCCAAGACCCUUUCCUGCCAGUCCCCAGACCCAGAACUGGAAGUGGUCCCUGCUCCCGUCCAGGCCCCACUCACCCUGACCCCGGAUGAGGCUGAGAGGAAAGAAGCCUCCAGUUGUUCCUACCAGCAGAUCAACUGCCUGGACAGCAUCCUCAGGUACCUGGAGAGCUGCAACAUCCCCAGCACGACCAAGCGGAAGUGUGCCUCUUCCUCCUGCACCACAUCCUCGGCCUCGGACGAGGACAAGCAGAGGACGGGUCCGGUCCCUUUGGGGGCCAAGAAAGAUCCAUCGGUGGUGCUGCGCGGGGAGGGGGCCGGCCCUCAGAAGGAGCCAGUGGUGGCAGGCACCCUGAGCCCCCUCGCCCUGGCCAAUAAGGCAGAGAGCGUGGUGUCCGUCACCAGCCAGUGUAGCUUCAGCUCUACCAUCGUCCAUGUGGGAGACAAGAAGCCCCCGGAGUCGGACAUCAUCAUGAUGGAGGACCUGCCUGGCCUGGCUCCAGGCCCAGCCGCCAGCCCAGCCCCCAGCCCCACGGUAGCCCCCGACCCCGCCCCAGACGCCUACCGCCCCGUGGGCCUGACCAAGGCCGUGCUGUCCCUGCACACACAGAAGGAGGAGCAGGCCUUCCUCAGCCGCUUCCGAGACCUCAGCCGACUGCGGGCGCUCGACAGCUCCUCCCCGGCCCCCCUGGCCCCUGGCGAGCGAGGCUGCCACCACGGCCCCGCACCCCCCGGUCGCCGACACCACUGCCGAUCCAAAGCCAAGCGCUCCCGCCACCACCAGACCCCCCGGGCCGAAGCCCCCUGCUAUGGCUCCCACCCAUCGCCUGUGUCACCCUCGGCCCCCUGGCCGCCCCCACCAGCCACUACUCCCUUCCCAGCUGUGGUCCAGUCCUACCCUCUCCCAAUGUUCUCCCCGCGAGGAGGCCCACAGCCUCUCCCCUCUGCCCCCACAGCUGGGCCCCCUGCAGCUUUCCCUGCCCCACUGGUGACCCCCAUGGUAGCCUUGGUGCUCCCUAACUAUCUGUUCCCCGCCCCACCCAGCUAUUCCUAUGGGGUAGCCCAGACCCCUGCCGAAGGGCCUCCUACCCCUGCCUCCCACUCCCCUUCUCCGUCCCUGCCCCCGCCGCCCCCCAGCCCUCCCCGCGGGCCGGACUCUCCGCUCUUCAACUCGAGAUGCAGCUCCCCGCUCCAGCUGAAUCUGCUGCAGCUUGAGGAGCCCCCCCGUGUUGAAGGGGGUGCUGUUGCAGGGGGCGCUGGGAGCAGUGCUGGGCCCCCGCCUCCCAGUGAGGAGGCCGCUGAGCCAGAGGCCAGAUUGGUGGAGGUGACAGAGUCCUCCAACCAGGACGCGCUGUCGGGCUCCAGUGACCUGCUGGAGUUGCUGCUACAGGAGGACUCUCGGUCCGGCACGGGCUCCGCCGCCUCAGGCUCCCUAGGCUCCGGCCUGGGCUCUGGGUCCGGUUCAGGCUCCCAUGAGGGAGGCAGCACUUCAGCCAGCAUCACACGCAGCAGUCAGAGCAGCCACACGAGCAAGUACUUCGGCAGCAUCGACUCUUCAGAGGCCGAAGCUGGGGCUGCCCAGGCCGGGGCUGAGCCCGGGGACCAGGUCAUUAAGUACGUGCUCCAGGAUCCCAUCUGGCUGCUCAUGGCCAAUGCCGACCAGCGCGUCAUGAUGACCUACCAGGUGCCGUCCAGGGACAUGGCCUCUGUGCUGAAGCAGGACCGGGAGUGGCUCCGGGCCAUGCAGAAGCAGCAGCCUCGGUUCUCAGAGGACCAGCGCAGGGAACUGGGUGCCGUGCAUUCCUGGGUCCGGAAGGGUCAGCUGCCUCGGGCCCUCGAUGUGAUGGCCUGUGUGGAUUGCGGUAGUAGCACCCAAGACCCCGGCCACCCGGAUGACCCCCUCUUCUCGGAACUGGAUGGACUGGGACUGGAGCCUAUGGAGGAGGGCGGAGGCGAGGGUGGGGGCGGGGGUGCUGAAGGUGAGGGCGGAGAAGAGGCCCAGGCUCAAGCUGGGACCAGGGUCUCCAGCUCUCAGGACCUGGCCAUGGAGGAGGAGGAACAAGGUGGGAGCUCACCCAGUCCAGCCUUAGCCGCAACAGAAAAUGGCACCAGCUAGACCACGUUUGGGGGCCCCCUCCGGCAGUGCAUGAGAAGCUUCCUUCUCCCGUGUUCCACCUCUCAGAACUCAGAUGUGGCUGGACCAACCAAUAGGAAACUGCCCCAGCUUCUCCCACGUAGGGGGCGGGACCCCCAUCAGCAGCCCAGGAUCCAGGGGCUGCCUCCUGCUUCUGAGGGUAGAGACGGGGCGGGGGGAUUCGUCAGCCCAGCCCAGAGAAGCCGCGUCUCCCACCUCUGGUGAGGAGCUCUUCCUUCCCUUGGACAAGGUUGCUGACAAGCUGCUCAAGUGGUCUCUCCAAGUCCCGGCUCAGCCCAAGUCCUGGUCCCUGAGGGUUGGGGCUGCACUUAUUUAUUGGGGGAGACAGCCCCUUCUCCCACCUCUUCCGUAGAGGGGAGGGAGAGGGCCAGCGGUCCAAACCCCUAGCUGCUCCGGGGUGGGGGAGGUUGGUGGACCAUGGAGUCCUUGGUGCUGCCCCUCAGGUGGGACCCAGGUGUUCUCAGCUGUACCCUCUACCGAUGGCAUAUGUGUUUUUGAUAUUGUGUCUGUUGUUAUUUUUUAAUACAAAGAGAAAAAAAAAAAAAC